AUGGCUUAUGUUGAUCAAUCAAUUACACAUAAUUCAUCUGCAACAAUUAUUUCCAUUAUUCUACUUAUACUUGGUGUAAUGAUACUACUUAUUUUAUGGAUUAAAUCAAAUAAUCAUAGAAUGAUAAAUAAUACAUCAAAUUAUCGUUUUGAUAGUAGACAUUUUAAAGUGAAUACAAGUAAUGCAUUAAAUCGUUUACAUAAUUGGUUUAUACCAUGGAAAAGAAAUAAUUUCACUGGAUUUAUAAACAAUAAUAAUAUCGAUGGUUGGAAUAACACUGAUAGAAUGUCUUCAACUUAUAAUGAUAGUCGAACUGUUUUAUGGCCACCUACAUCUAUCACUAAUCCGUCGAUGCAUAAACAAACUAUGAAUUCAAAUCUAUUCAAAAUCAAUUGUAUACAACCAAAAAUAUUUAAUAAACAAAUAAAAACUACUCAAAUGAGUAGUAAUAAUAGUAAUAAGGAUAUUCCUCAUUUAUUAGAUCCCAAUAAUAAUAGUAGUAGUACAAUGAUUAUACCAAAAAAGUCUAUUUCAAUUCCAACAUUCAAAAAAGGGAACAGCGGUGUUCUACAUCAAUAUUUUCAUCGUAAUGAUACAGAUAUGAGUAAUUUAUUAGAAGCAGAAGAAAUUCCAUCUACAUCUUCAUUAUUAUCAUUAUCAUCAAUGAAUAUAAUUACUAAUAAUAAUAGUAGUAAUACUUGUAAUUUGAAACCAUCAUUCGAUGAUCCAUUAACUUCAUUUGCAUAUAAAAAUUCUUUAAUAAAAUUAUCCAAUGGAUCGACAAGGGUAUACAACAAGAAUAAUGAAUGUAACACUUUGUCGGUUACUAAUACUGCUAAUAAUAAUAAUAAUAAUAAUAAUAAUAAUAAUCAUUCUGGUGAAUUACAUCAAACUAUGCUACAACAAAGUACACUAUUCACUAAUCAUCAUAAAGACAUUUUAGAUCAAUCAAUGAAGGAAUAAUCCUUUACUUCACUUUAAACUCUUCCAGUACACAUAGUUUCCAGUAUAAAGUAAAGGAAAGAGAAGAUAAUGAAAUCAAACAAUACUGACGACAACAAUAACAUUAUUAUUAAUAAUCAGAAGACAAAAUUUGAAUAUACAAAAAAAGGAAGAAAACUGAGUCUUCUUUCUUUUUCUAACACUUUAUGUUAUUGUUGUUGUUGUUGUUUGCUCUUUCCUUUUUUGUUUUCUAUUCAAUGUUCAUUUGUUCUUUUGGUUUUCAUUUGUUUUAUUUUCUCUAUUUCGAUGUUAUUACUAAUAAUGAUGAUGAUUAAUCUCAUAUUGAAUAAUUUUCUUACUAAAUGUACUCAAACACCUAUAUAUAUAUAGGUGAUCUUUUCAUCUCAUUCGAAACGAUGGCACUAUUACGAAAACUGGUGUAAUCUAGAAAAGUGGAUUUAAUAACCUUACGCUGGUCAAUAAUUCAACGGUACAUAAGAUGAAAAGUUUAUUCUUCACUAGAAAACUUUUUUGUCUUGAAAAGUAGUAAUUAUACUAAUUGAAAUUAC